UUGUCCGUAAAAAAGACCCUCGCGGCCCGAGUUUUGUGUUGUAACUACUGUCGUUACGGUGCGGCGAGGUGUAACGCGUGUCGAGGUGGUUUCGACUCGACCGGAAACUGUGUAAAAACUGUGAAAAAGUACGACAAUCGAAGCCGACAAGCGCGCCGCGUGCCCUUCCGUCCGCGCGUCAUUUUGUGUCCGCGUUUGUGUGCGUGCGAGUGAAAGGCCUUUGGGCGGCUUGUGAAGUUUGUGAAGAGGAAACAGAGGAGUCACGAUUUGGGUUUGAGUUCCGCCGGUGCAAACCACACGCUGUUUCAAGAUGUCGCAGAAAACGAAGCGUUCCGGCAUGUCGACGCCGGUGCCGUUUCAGGCCAGCACACCGGUCCAGGGUGCGAGUGCGGCGUCGUCGGGCGGCGGUGCCGCGCACCAACACCGACCGUCGAGCCCGCUGAGCCCGACGCGCCUCUCGCGGCUGCAGGAGAAAGCGGACCUUCAGGGCCUGAACGACCGGCUGGCCUGUUACAUCGACCGGGUGCGCACCUUGGAGCAGGAGAACACGCGCCUCAACCACGAGGUACGCACCUCCCAGGAAACGACGACGCGCGAGGUGUCCAACAUCAAAGCCAUGUACGACCACGAGCUAACCGAUGCGCGCCGGCUGCUGGACGAGACGGCCCGUGAACGGGCCAAGAAGGAGAUCGAAUACAACCGCGCGGCCGAGGAGAAUGAGGAUCUGAAAAGACGCUUGGAGCGCAAAACGAAGGAGGCGGCCGAUGCCGAACGUAACGCCCGUGCCCAGGAAUCCCGCGCCAAUGAGCUGUCCGGCAAAUACAACACGCUCCUGUCCGAGCACAAAAAGGCAAAGGAAGAGCAGAAAGAGAUGGAGAAGGAGCUGGCCAAGCUGAAGAAGCAAAUGGAGGCGUUGCGCAAAAACCUCGAGCAGGAAACGCUGGCCCGGGUCGAUCUGGAGAACACGAUCCAGAGCCUGCGCGAGGAGCUCACCUUCAAAGAUCAAGUCCAUAUGCAGGAGCUGACCGAGACGAAGACCCGGCGCCAGGUUGAAAUUAGCGAAAUCGACGGCAUGCUUUCGCAGCAGUACGAGGCCAAAAUGCAGGAAUCGUUGCAGGAGCUGCGCGAUCAGUACGAUCAGCAGAUGCGCGGCCACCGGGAGGAAAUGUCCGAUCUGUAUGAGACCCGUGUCCGUGAUCUGGAGACGCAGAUGAAUGCCGAGCGGCUGCGCCACGCGCAAGAGAAGGCCAAGCUGAUGGACGAGAUCGAGCGGCUGGGCAAGGAGAUUUCGCUCCAGCUGCAAGAGUACCAGGACCUGAUGGACAUCAAGAUUUCGCUCGACAUGGAAAUUGCCACGUACGACCGGAUCCUGGCGUCGGAGGAAACGCGUCUCAACAUCACGCCCGGCAGCCACACGACCACCUUCUCGUCGACCGGCGUUAGCUUGUCGCGCAGUGGCCAGGUUCGCCGCACACCGAGUCGUGCGGCGGCCAAGCGUAAGCGCACCGUGCUGGAAGAGUCGGACGAGCGCAGCAUGUCCGACUACUCGGUCACUUCGUCGGCCAAGGGCGACAUAGAGAUCGCGGAAGCGGAUCCGGAGGGAAAGUUUGUCAAACUGCACAACAAAUCCGGCAAGGAAGUUCAAAUCGGCGGCUGGACGCUGACGCGUAAGGUCGGCACCAACGAGACGGUAUUCAAGUUCCACCGCACCGUGAAGGUGGACGGCGGAGCGUUCGUGACCGUGUGGUCGUCCGACCUCGGCAAAGACCACGAGCCGCCGGCAACGAUCGUCAUGAAGGGCCAGAAGUGGUUCCACGGCGACAACAUGGUCACGCAGCUGCUGAACGCUGAUGGAGAGGAGGUAGCCGCUUCGGAGCGCCUGAAGAGAAUGGUAUCCACUGCCGCAUCGCGUCACCGAGAGUAUUUGGGAAGCUAUGGGGGCGAAGAGCUGUACCACCAGCAGGGAGAACCCAAAGGAGACGAAAAGUGUCGCAUCAUGUGAAACCCAAGCCACCAAGCCAGGAGGGACGGUGGCCGCGGUGGGCUUCUGGUUGGUGUCGACGGCGACAGCACCGACAACAUAUAAUUUUAAACUCUAUUUUACUUGUGUAGCGAAAUAAGAGAAUAAUUUUACGAGCAGGGCAGGGCGCGCGCAGAUUCGUCCCUCAGACGCGAAGUGGAGGACGAUUCUCCCCACGUUAUCAGAACGUGGCCGGACGCGCCCACGCUAACACGGGAUCGUUCCUGCAACGUUCCCCUUACCGUUUUCUUGCCACGUUCCCCGAAGGGGCUCGUGGAUCACAAUAAAUAUUUUCCAUUUUCAGACACAGCAGAUGGCGGUGUCCGGGAAGAAGUCCUUUUCGCUCCGUGCGUGGAGCAGUGCAUUUCUCGGGUACUAGGCAUGUUUAGUGCGCGAUCGAUAAAGGCCAUUGGGAGGGCGCGGACACUACACAAACGCUACUUAUAUUACCUUCCCGGAGGGUGGCGCACCAUUUUUGACACAUUUUUGGUGGGGACCGAUACCGAUAAAACGAUCAAAACAAUACACGAAAAGAAGCUAAGCGUGAACUAACUGGAGAGGGACAGAAGGGGCCUUUUGUUUGUGGAGAUAAAACCGCGUCCGUGGAACGUGUAUACCGCGAGACGUCAGAAUUAGGUGCAUGGUGCCCGAAGCGACAACCUGCGCCCCCCCCGGGGGCCCGACCACCGAUAUUUUCAAUUUGAUAUUUAUUUCGUUUUGCUUCAUUUUUAUGUGUACCAAAACAAUGCCAUAUAAGCUGCGCUGCCCUUUUUGUGUUUCGUUUCCAAUUUGGUUGCUUUUAAAACGUCGGCAUCACCUUUCUUUCGGCUGCACUCGCCCUUUAGCUUCUUUAAUUUAUCGAAAAACAUUGGCCUUCCGGUAAUUAACUAACCAAAACUAAUCACAUUGCACACUACCGCGAUAACGUUUUUCUUCCUUCAUUCAUGUCGUGUACUUGUUCGGCUUUGUAAACAAAACAAACACAAAGCCUGGCGAACCGGAGAAGCGCUCCCUUAACACAAACGAUUAUGGCGUACUCUUAAAGGCGAUGCGAGAGACCGAGAUG